AGGACACAUGUUGACACGGGAGUACUUCCGGGUAAAAGGUCACUUCGCUCACGCCGGAAAGAAGCGAUGUCCUUGAUUAUUUUCUAAAUUAAAAUGCAAUAAAUGAGUGACUCUUAGGUUCUUCUUCAUUUUCUCGGAUAUUUUCUGACCGAGGAGUUUGUUUCUUGAGCAGGAUGUCUUGGCUGUGGAGCCUGAAGCCGGUUCUAACGCCGCUGGUUCAAGCGUCCCAGCAUGUCUCAGUCUGGACCGGCCCCCUCCUCUCCAGGACCAUGGCCACCCUCAACCAGAUGCACCGUCAGGGGAAACCCAAACCUCCACCCAAGUCCGUGGGCGCCACGUUCGGCCGCCCCCAGCUGAAGGCGGUGAUCCUGAAGACCAUGAUCCGCAAGCCCAAGAAGCCCAACUCGGCCAACAGGAAGUGCGCUCGGGUGCGUCUGUCCAACGGGAAGGAGGCGGUGGUGUUCAUCCCCGGGGAGGGACACAACCUGCAGGAGCACAACGUGGUGCUGGUGCAGGGCGGGAGGACGCAGGACUUACCGGGGGUCAAAAUGACCGUGGUCAGAGGGAAGUAUGACUGCGCUCACGUGGUGAAGAAGAAGCAGUGAAGGUCUACGUCCCAGCGCCGGUCUACGUCCUGGCGCCGGUCUACGUCCUGGCGCCGGUCUACGUCCUGGCGCCGGUCUACGUCCUGGCGCUGGUCUACGUCCUGGUGCUGGUCUACGUCCUUGUGAAGCUGGAACAUUUUUAUUACUCGUCAGGUUUAAACUAAGUCUCUGUCCGGUUUUCUUCCCUCAGACGAAGCACUAGAUGGUUUCUGUUCAUGUUUAAUGUCUGAUAAACGUCUGGAUUUUGUCCAUUUUCA